AUGGCGAACUUCUUUGAGGAACUUUGGAGAAGCAUUUUCACGCCCGGCGCGUCCCCGCAAUUGAUUGUCGCCACGCAUGUGUCGUUUUUCCUACUCACUGCGUGCUUGAGCUGGUUGAUCUUCUGGACCAAGAACAUCCAUUUCAUCAUGCUGUUGAUAAUCUCAACACUCUUGUGGGGCACAGUAACGUGGUUUAUUAGUGAGCUCAAGUCUGCGCAAAUGAAAGACAACGAGGAGCUUGUCAAGAGCCAAGAGAAAAAGACCGAUGGCGCCAAGCCUCAAGAAGAGUCGGAGAAGUCUCAGCCCAAGGGCCAGUCCUCUGCUGUCCAGACAAAAAAGGCCAAGUCAAGAAAGCUUUGA